GUCAACCUGUGUCAACAUUGCCAUUUCUGACAAAAAACUGCCAUGAUUAUGUCAAAAUUGCCAAAUUGGUUACAACUUUCAAUAAGUGAGUCGUAAAUCGUUAUAGGGAAUAAAAAAUCUACAUCAUGUCUGAAUUAAAUAAUCGCAAACGGUUGGAGAAAAAACAGUAUUCUACAGAAGAUGAAUAUGAAGACACCAUGACAAAACCCCAUGCUGUACCCAUUGUGUUAGCAGACGAAGAUCAUUCGUUCAAAUUGGACGAAGAGGCACUCAAAAAAGUCCUAAUGAAAGAGGAGCUGAAGGACAGAUUCGUUGUAGUCGUGUCCGUAGCCGGUGCUUUUCGUCAUGGAAAAUCCUUUUUGCUCGAUUUCUUUCUUAGAUAUAUGAAUGCUAAGUACGUAUUAAAACAAAACACAUCAGAAUGGAUCGGCUCAGAGCAGACACCUCUGGAAGGUUUUUCGUGGAAAGGAGGCUCAGAAAGGGAUACUACCGGUAUACUCAUGUGGUCCGAAGUAUACACAACAGAAUUAAGUACAGGUGAAAAAGUGGCAGUAUUAUUAUUAGACACGCAAGGUACAUGGGACAGUAAAAGUACAGUCAAAGAAUGCGCUACAAUAUUCGCAUUAAGUACAAUGUUAAGUUCCGUACAAAUCUACAAUUUAUCCAGCAAUAUACAGGAAGACGACCUGCAACAUCUGCAACUUUUCACCGAGUACGGGCGGCUGGCAUUAGCCGAUUCUGGAACGACUCCUUUCCAGAGGUUGCAGUUCCUGGUUAGAGAUUGGCGCUUUCCGUACGAGGCUGCUUACGGUGCUGUGGGCGGACAACAGAUACUCCAGAAACGUUUAGAAGUCAACGAUCACCAACACACCGAGUUGCAAUCGUUGAGGAAACAUAUCAGUUCGUGUUUCACGGAAAUCGCUUGCUUUCUGAUGCCCCAUCCCGGGAUAAAGGUCGCUACCAGUCCUACGUUCGAUGGCCGACUAGCUGAGAUCGAUUCGGAAUUUAAGGACAAUCUGAAAAUACUGGUGCCGAUGUUACUAGCACCGGAAAAUUUAGUUCUAAAGAAAAUCAACGGGGAUAAAGUGAAAGUGAGAGAUUUCGUCCAAUACUGCAAAUCGUACAUGCAAAUUUACGAAGGAAACGAAUUGCCCGAGCCGAAGUCCAUGCUAGUGGCCACGGCCGAGGCGAAUAAUUUAUCAGCUGUGGCGGACGCCAAAGAGGUCUACAUAAGCAUGAUGGAGGAAGUUUGCGGCGGCGCUAAACCUUACCUGAAAACCGAAACGAUCGAAAGCGAGCACCGAAGGGUCAAAGAUAAGGCCAUCCACCAGUUCAACAGCAAGAAGAAAAUGGGAGGCGACGAAUUCAGUUUGAUAUACAAGGAUCAGUUGGAGAAGGAUAUCGAAGAGACGUUUAAUCAAUUCAAAGCGCAUAACGAGAGUAAGAACAUUUUCAAGUCCGCUCGUACUCCGGCCGUAUAUUUCGCACUUGCGGUUAUGUUUUAUAUCAUGUCCGGUUUGUUGGGUUUCAUAGGGAUAUAUUCGCUUGCUAAUCUCUGUAAUAUGGGAAUGGCGAUUUCGUUUAUAACGCUAGGAACUUGGGCUUAUGUUAGGUACAGUGGAGAAAUGAGAGAGAUUGGAUCGUACAUCGAUGAAUCGGCGAAUUUCAUUUGGGAAAACUUCCUGAAGACAUUGGUGCAAGGGUACGUCGAAAACGGUAUGCAACAGGUGGCUGCAGAAGUAGCUGAGAGAACAUUAAAGAACGCCACGCAAACGGUCGUAAAUGGUGGUAAAAAGAAUGCAUGAUUAGCGGUUUUAAAUAUACGUAAAUUAUUGAGGAGUCUCCGCGCUGUCGCUUUUUGUUACAUAUAUCGUUAGAAGGGUCCCGUGUCUAAAAAUUAUUCCAUGUUUUAUUAGUAGGAUUGUUGAAACUUGCCAUCGUUUUGAGAAAUUUUCCACAUGUACAGAUUUUAUCCUGCGUGUAACGUGUAUAUAUGUAACAUUUAUUUUAUUAUUAUAUUGUGAUAUCUCGGCAAUGUUGGUAUUAGAGUAAAUUUUUAUAUUUAUGUUAUAUUAAUAGAUGUUUUAUUUUAACCGAAUUUUCAUUUUCACAUGACAAUUGUGAUUGUUAAAUUUAAAUUACUAAAGGAAUUUCGUUACUUUAUUCAUUUUAUUCUCUUACUUGAACUAAGCCAACAAAUUUUAAUAAACUUGUUCAAUAUUGACUCUCGGAUUGUAUAAUUAUGUACAAAUUAGGAAAUUUAAGUACGUACAAAAUAAUUUGAACAAAAUUACUUUUAUUCGAUAUUUAUAGUUAAUUCAAAGGGAGUCAUUAUUCUAUUAUUUCAGUUGGUAUCGCCUAAUAAUAAUUAAAUAAGAACAUAAAUUUGGCCAAUAUACUGCAAGUAAUAAAAUUAAGGUUAAAACGGUUCUUGAAUAUACUUAUAGUUUUUAAUGCACUUGUUAUUUUAAUUAAUGGCAACUAGUGGAUUAAUAAUCCAAUAAUUGGUGCGAAUUUAUUUAUAUUGUACUUUAUAGCAAAAUUCCUGAUCUUGCCUGGAUGGUUUAUCAAAAUUUGUAUUCUUUUUCUUCUAUAUUAUAUUUACAUUAAGGCUAAAGAUAUACUAUAAUACCCUUAAUUUUAGAGUUUUUGUGUUUUUUAUGACUGGUUUUUUAAGAUAUUUUGAAAAUCCACCAUGAUACUUUAAUAAUCUCAUUGUGGAUUUUUGUGGUUGUAUUUAUAUUGGGUGGUUUUUAUUUUUGUAGUACUGACAUUGCAACAUUUACACCGAAGUGCCUCAUUAACCUCUAUGUACUAUAAAUUUUGUUGUGUUUUGUCUAUGUAAUUACUAGGUUGUUAUAAUUAGAUGUUUGAAAGUUUUCUCUAUGAAUUAAAAAGCCAUCAAAUUUGCUUUUAUUUUUUAUUUGAAACACUAUUGUUUCUUCCCGAUAAUUCUUCCAAGAAUUUAAUUUGUUUUGGUAUUUUUUUCAUACAUAAUAAUCGCACUUUUUCGAUCUAUGUGCCAAUAACUAUUUAAACUUUAAAUGAGUAAACUACAAAAAAUAUUUCUGGAAACAUUUAUCACGAUUAGUGAUGGAUGGCUUUUUAAUAGGUACUAGUUUAGGAUUAGUUAAAUUUGAAACAACAGCAAUCUUUAUCGAAGAAACGUACUAAUACGGAAUAAGUAAAAAUCAAUAAAACAAUAAUUAGGUCGUGAGUAUUAAUCGGUUUAAAUUUAAAAUGUAAAGUCAGCGGUGUUAAGCUCAAGAGUUCUAUUGUGUAAUUAAUUACAAUGUACAUUUGGUUUUGGUAAUAAAAUAUUUUUAAACAA